AUCUCUCUUUUUUUUUUUAAAUUCUAUCCCUCCAUUCGGCCCGACAGUACUGUAGGAUAGACCUAAAUUUACAUAACAUACGUGAUAUCGAAUGUUUACGAAGAUUUUAACACAAGCUAUCCAUUUUCUUAAAAAAGAAACCACUAUGAGUACCGUCAAACUUCACCCAGUCACACAAAACAGACUACCUGACACAGUGAAGAGCAAUAAAGAUCUGUCGGCUGCUCGAACAUUUGACGCAGAUGGCCUGCGCAGAAGAGCUGCUUGUUUGUGCUUUAAGGAUAAAAAAGAGAAGGAGAUCCUUUUAAUCAGCUCCACCCAUGAUGUCAGCAAGUGGAUAGUGCCUGGUGGGGGUAUUGACCCCGGGGAGGAGCCUGACACAGCAGCAGAACGUGAGGCCCAUGAGGAAGCUGGGGCACUGGGGGUGUUGGAUAGAUUUGUUGGGGUUUUUGAGAAUGUAGAGAGAAAGACCAGGACAUGGGUGUAUGUGUUUUAUGUGGAACAGCUACUAGAUCAUUGGACUGAGGCCAAGAGUUUAGACCGUCGUCGCCAGUGGUUUGCUAUUGAGGACGCCAAGCACAUGUUGUCCAUCCACAAGCCCAUUCAGGUUCAGUUCAUCACGACCUGCCAGGCUAACAAAACAUGACAGCCGCACCCUGGCGGACUGCCCUGUGCUCAUCCUUUUAUUUAGUCAAGUUCCAAAGACCUCAUACUAAAGUGUAGCCCAGUUACUACUAGUUGGAUUUUUGAUAUUAUAUUUGUUGCACAUGUUCUGCCCUAUAAACAAGCCCUUAUUAUACAUAGAAUUUUUUUUUUUCUUCAGCUAGAUCUUAUUUACCAUUGAUAACAUUACUAGACGUGGCAUCAUACUUAAACGUUAGCUGCGGAAUAGAUGUAUUUUCUCCACGAGGUAUACGGUGAUGCAUGUCGGGCCUUCUCUACAACUGUAAUGUUACACUUGGGUUGUGUUUACUGUUGUAUAGAACUUGGGUGUUUGAACUAGUCUUUCCAAUGUUUAUAUAGUCACCUGGUGAUAAUGUUUUUUUUUUUUUUUUCACAUGGCCGUUUUGCUGUGUAUUGAUGGAAUCUUUGAAAAACCAAAAAUAUGGUGAUCUAUUUUAACAAGGCUUUACAUAUCACUGAAUUUUCCAUGUAUUGGAUAUAAGGCUAUGAGACAUACCAGAUGUAACGUAUUGAGAUGUCCUCCUUGCAAAACUUUGCUAUGUCACUUCACAAUUUAGAAUAGUCUUUUUAAAAAAUCAUCUUGUUAGCUAAUCAUGAAAUUUUAUAUUCUUUUAAACAGUUAAUUUUAAGUUGCGUCUCUUUGAAUAAAAAUGUGUAAAAAUAGUAUUUAGACACUUUAAAGAUUUUUAUUUUGACUAAGCAGGUUAUGCAAAUAGACUCAUUGUGUAAUUGUUUAACGAAAAUUUAAUUGCAAGCUUUAAGUUUGGUUAGCACUAGGCUGCAUGCAUAUCAUCAAAAAGUGAAGAAAAAAUACUAACAGCUACAGCUAUUAACUUAUCCAAUACUUGUUGUUUUUUCCAUAAAUCCUAUGCACUGGCUCCUCUUUCAGAGUUAAGUGAGCUGACAGUAUACACUAUGUGUAUAUGUUGUCAACAUCUGCUAUAGAGGGGUGCUGUGUUGUGUUUGUUGGCCGAACGGCUGUACCAAUACUGUUGUGGAAGUAAUUUAAACAUGAAUGUGCAAGUAACUGCGUUGAUCUUGUAAGGUGGUGUCUGUGUGUAGACGGUGUGAUUUAACAUUCUAUUAGAGUAGAUUUAUCAACCUUAUGUCAGAUGUUGCUUUAUUGUAAAUUUUUUUUUUUUUCAGUUCAACAGGCAGCCAAUUUACUUAUUUAAUUAACAUCUUGUAGAAUAACACUGCUAAUCUAGUUUUGUGCUAGAAAUUGUUCACCAUUACUUUUGAUAAUAAAAUAAAAUAUU